ACAAGAGCGAGCAGACACUCGGCACAUUUAAAUAUUUCCAUUUAAUUGAUGAAAUGGCAGGCAAGAAGAAAGAGGCGAGUCUGCAGGCCUCUGUCACAAACCAAGAGCAGUGGGAGGAGAUGCUUGCAACCAAAGGUUUGACGGUUGUAGAUGUGUACCAACAGUGGUGUGGUCCCUGUCGAGCUGUGGUUAGCCUCUUACGCAAAAUAAAGAACGAACUGGGUGAUGACCUGUUACAUUUUGCCACAGCCGAGGCAGACAGCAUUGAUGCUUUGGAGAGGUAUCGAGGGAAAUGUGAACCCACCUUCCUCUUAUAUGGGAGUGGAGAACUGGUGGCUGUGCUGCGAGGGGCCAACGCUCCUCUCCUUCAGAGGAUGACUGUGGAGGAACUGACCAAGGAGAAGUUGGUCCUGGAGCAAGGUGGUGAACGCAAAGCGGUUAAAGAUGACGGUCUGGUGGAUGAUGAGAGGAAGGACGAGGAGGAGACUCCACAGCAGUCAGAAAAUGAAGAAAGCAUAAUUGUUCCUGCCAGUAAAUCCUACACAGUUGCCAUCAUCAAACCAGAUGCUGUUGCUCACGGCAAGGCAAAUGAGAUCAUUAUGAAGAUUCAAGAUGCUGGGUUUGAGAUCCUGGCCCACGAGGAACGCACGCUGACUGAGGUGGAGGCUCAAGAUUUUUACCGGCACAAAGCAGAAGAGGCUGGCUUUGAAGACUUGGUGCGGUUUAUGUCCAGCGGUCCGUCCCAUAUUCUGGUGCUCUCUCAGGUUGAGGGCUCAGCUUAUGUUGUGCCAGCAUGGCGAGAGUUCAUUGGCCCAACGGACAUAGAGGAAGCUAGGAGAGAUAAACCAGAAAGCUUGCGGGCACAAUACGGCACACAGACACUGUUCAACGCAGUGCACGGUAGCGAGGACAUGGACCAGGCCAGCAGGGAGCUCGCCUUCUUCUUCCCAAACUUUAGGACGGCCUCAGUGACGGAGCAGGAUGGGGAGGAAGAGCGUGUGGAGAGGACUCUGGCUCUUAUCCGGCCUGACGUUGCCAGAGAUAACAGAGAGGAGAUCUUGGCUCAAAUCCAUAAGUCAGGCUUCACCGUGGCUCUCCAAAGGGAGGUAAUGUUGACAGAGGAGCAGGUCAGACAGUUUUACUUCCAACAUGUUGAGCAGGACUACUUCCCUGCGUUGCUCCGAAGCAUGACCAGUGGGCCAGUGUUAGCUUUGGCUCUGGCCAGAACGGGGGCUGUCCAUCACUGGAAGAACAACCUUGGUCCUUCUGAUGUUAAUAAAGCCAGAGAGGAGAGUCCUGAAUGUCUAAGGGCCCAGUUUGCGGUGGAGAACGAGCCUAUCAACCAGCUGCAUGGCAGUGAAAGUCCCGAAGAGGCAGAACGAGAGAUCAGCUUCUUCUUCCCUAAACAGCACACACUGGCAGUGAUCAAACCGGAUGCCAUGAAUCAGCAUGGAGAGGAGAUUUUGGAGGAGAUCAGAGGCAGCGGUUUCUCUGUAACGCAGCUGAAGGAGAUGGUGCUAUCGAGGGAGAUGGCUGAGGAGUUUUACAAAGAGCACAGAGAGAAGCCUUUCUUCAGCCAACUGGUGGAAUUCAUGUGUCGGGGGCCCUGUAUGAUGCUCGUACUGACCAAGGAAAAUGCAGUGGAGGAGUGGAGGGCCACUAUGGGCCCUUCAGACCCUGAUCAAGCUAAGACUAUAUCCCCAAACUCCCUGAGAGCCCGCUUUGCCUCCGACAUCCUCCAUAACUCAGUGCACGGCUCCUCCAAUGAGCAGCAGGCAGAGGAAAAGAUCCGUUUUAUCUUCGGCGACAUCUGCGCAGAGCUCACCGGUGAUGGAGAGACUGACACAACCAGCUUCGGUAAUCAUAUGAUGUGUGUGACAGUCAUUUCCAUCUGGCACACCACCUGGUUCCAAAUACAUAACAAUUUAGUUCUGAUGUUUAUUCCUGCUAGAAACGAUAUUUCAUCUUAUGGUUGAAAAGAAAAAUAGUGCAACAAUGACUUUUCUUGCAGAAAAAGAUCAAGACAAUUCUGCAAAUGAAAACAAGAAUAUCAAGAUCUUCAACUGAAGAAAUGUCUGACAACCAUCGCGAAGGUUGGUAAUGAGUGAGAAGUAUUCCACCGACAUGUUAGCUAUCCCAAUUCAAGGGUUAAAACUUUGCAUCUUCAGAUCAGAGACAAAGAAAGGCAUGUUCCUGCCCAAAGGCUCACAGACAACACACGACCAGUUUAUACGCCUUUGCAGCCCUUAGUAUCCCACAAUCCAUUGCGCACCAGUCAGUUUGAGCACAGGCAUUCCUCAUCAGUUUUCUGAGGUAUUGGUCAUCACUCCUUAGUAAAUAUAUCACAUUUAUAAGACCGAUGAAAAAUGCCUCUGGAAGCUGUAAAUAAUGGUAACGAGUCAUAAACUCCCCUGUGGGAUAAGUAUGUAAUCACAGGACAUUACAGAAUAAAAGAUAUUCACUAUAUAGAUAUAUUUAUAGUUUACAUUUUCAUCCUUCUGUUUGGCAGCAUGUCCCAGGUUACCACUGAUAUUUCAACUUUGUCAGCUCUGCCAACCUUUAAAAUGUUACUUUUGAUGGGGACUGCCCUAAAACAAAACUGCAUUUCCUCUUUCUGUUAAAUUGUAUUUGGGUCCUUCUUUGUGAGGGCUGCAUAUUUCAAAGGACCAAUCUCUUGAAUUAAGACAGCAAUUACUGCAUUACGUCCCGGAAAAUGAGUGUAACUAGCAAGUAGAUACUUAUCUUGUCUGACAAUUUCAGAUGGCUUCCAUUAGCAAGGAGAGGCAUCUCAUCUGAUUCAGAGAGAAAUGAGGCCAUUGAUCUUCAUGUCACUUAGCAUCAGCUGGAAUAGAGAUGAAACUGCUUUUACCGUCGCUUUUGCCUAGAGUGUGAAGUAAAUCCUGACCAGCUGCAUUGAGGAUCAUUUCAAUUCAAAUGUGCAAUAUAUUCUCAUGAUAGUUGAAGUAUUAAUAGGUUUAGGUGACACAAUGUUUCCAUGAGUCCUGUGGCUGAUGAAUAACAAAACAAUGUAUUACUAUCUAAUACUGUUUUAUUGGUUGCAGGAUCUUUCCUCAUAUAGUUGAUGUAUUAAUAUGUGAGUGACAUGCAGAAGAUUUGAGCUAAUCCCCUUCUUUACUUUACAGGUGACCCACCUAAUAUAAAUCCUUGCAGCCCACAGACAGAAGGAAGGGACAACCCAGAGCACUCAAACUGAAUCGGCACACUUAGUAGUUUCUUUUGUAUUGCGGGCUUAUUCUGUAACAUUAUGGGAACAAUGUCCAUCACUCCAUGAAUCAUGAAAUAAACAAGAAGACAUAUCUGACAUUUAGGUGGUGGAUCGAUAGCCAGUUAAAGGGAGUACUUGUAGACUUGACUUUUAUAAAUACUGCUGACGGUCACGAAUAGUUUAUAGACAUUCUUGGCUCGCAACAGCAGCUGUAAGCUUCAUGACUGAGACAAGGUUUCACACAGUCGCCACAGAGCAACUGAUCAUUUCAGAAAAGCCUUUAACUGAAUCCAAACUGUUCAAUCAGUCUGUCUUGGAUUGCUCCUACAUGCUGCGAUUAGUUUUUUUUCUGUUAGCUUAAUGACAGGAUGGCUUAACAAUGGAGGAUAACUUACUCUGGAUAAUUAACUGUGUGAAUGUCGAGAAUAUGAAGUUAUAAAAGCUAUACCACCGAGUUCUUGGCAUUAUUAACAGCUUGCUGGCAGAUAACUGGGACUGGGGUUUAUGAAUGAAACUCAAGGUAAAACCAGCAGUUUUAGGAAACUAAAACAACUUAACAUUUAGGUUACAACGUCAGAGGGAUUCUAAAACAAGUCAGACAUUUAUUUAUUUUAUCUUAGCAUAAAAAAUAUAUAUAGGUUUGUCAGAUUAUUAUUUUACAUCUAUUUAAAUGCACUGAUGCAUUUGUUAACUUUUACAAAACAAAAUAAGUUCACAUCAGUCAUGAUGAGCUAAAAACUGGGAUUUGUUCCAAGAAGCAAAACAGUCAUGUUAAUGUAAUGUGUCAACACGAACAAUCUCAGAGUCAUCUGCUGAAAUGCUCUCUGGUGCCCUUGCUGCCGGUGCUUUGUCCGACCAUGCCGUGUUGUUGAGCAGAACUAUUUUCAGGCGGCGUGUCCUCCCAGUCGUUUGCAGCCUCCAGUAAGGUGGCUUCGUCCAUGUCGUCCUCUGCAGUGAAAGACCUCUGGAACAUCUCCAUGAUGCUCCUCUGCUUAGGGUCCUGAGCAGAUCCAAUUCAUUAGGUUCAUCACUGAAUCCACAGACACCAUUUUUGAUCAAGCUCGCUAGGUAAGCUCUGUGUGAAUGCUACUGAAAAACUGAACAGGCUAAUGAAUGCGUUUGUAUACAGAUGCAGAAGCUUACCUUACAGUGGAAGCUGGCGUUCACAGCUUUGUCGGAGAGGUUUGACUCAGACAGGCCCACUUGCUCCAAGAUAUUCAUUUUUUCCUGGAUCAUUGGCCUUGAUCAAUAAAGAGAUACAUUAUUAUAAUAGAGGAGAUACAACUCGACUCACUGCUUGUCACAAUAUCAGAGAACCCACACUAACUUGACCUUCUACUGUUUCAGUAGUGGAAGACUGAUGAAUUCUGGAGGAAAGUGACUUUAAAAACGCAGUUUGAUUGUCGUUGUAAUUGGGUCAUACUGCCCGGUGAUUGACACAUACCACAGGUGAUCAUCAGCGGUUCCCUUUGCAACCAGAUAAUGAAUGUUCACAUUGCUGGUUUGUCCAAUACGGUGCACCCUAUCCUCUGCCUGAACGUGAACCUGCAGAGAAAAAAGCAUCGCCAAAAAGAGCAUUUGAGUUUUCUUAGUAUCACCAAAUGUUUCCUGCGUGCUCUGUUUUGAGGAAAGAUUUAUGUAAAAACGCUACUGUGCUUGCUCUCUGGGCCCAUGACUGCGGAAGAUCCUGGUAAUUAUAUACGGAGAAAUUCAAAGUUUUUUGGCUUCAUGCACCAUUAUCAUAGGAAUGAACAAGGCCUCGCCUCCAACACUGUAUCUAGUUCUCUUUAUACUUCCAUGAUAUGGAUACGGACACUUUAGGUUCAUCUCUUUAGGUCUCCCCCAACCAUUGAGAAAAAUAUCUGUCUCUUUAGCCGCUACAUCUUUUACUUUCUUCUCCGUCUAGCAUUUGGCGUUGGCAGAUAUGUUGUCAUACAGAAAAUAUGUGAGUCUAAAACCAAAGGUGAGCUAAAAGAAGCUAAAAGAUGGGCUGGAGACAAAAUGGAUUCCAAAAGGAAAAUACUCCAGUCCCAAUAAGUACACAGUAUUCUGUAGUAAUAACUUUCCAUUUCUUACCCCGGGGUUCCAGAAAAGCUCAGCGAAGACCACCAGGUCAGCAGCGUGCAGGGUGAGACCCAUGUUAGCUGCGGUGAUGGACAGUACAGCCACACAGGUAUUGGUCGAGACCUGGAACUUCUCACACAGCUGCUGCCGUUCAGCUGAAGCAGUGGACCCGUCAAUACGGAUGUAAGGGACAUUCUGGAGGGGAAAUUAAAAAAGGUCAGAAUGGGUUUAGGUAGCUGACCAAUGCAAAUCAACAAACCAAGUUUAACAACCUUUCCUUGAUAAACUUAUGAUAAGUCGUAGUAGUAGUAGUCGUGGUCGUCGUAGUCGUAAUAGGCAUAGUAG